AUGAGCAGAAGCCAACUCGAGGCGGAAUUUAUUGCCCGCGGAGACCUAUGGGAAAGUUACAAGGGAUAUCAUUACAAACAAUACGAUGGUCCUAUAUCUGUUGACUACCUAUACAACCCAGUGGAGCUUCAUCUCAAAGGUCGCAUUGUCAUUGACGCGGAAUCAUACAACAAGCUCAAGGGUCCAUCAACGAGUGGUGUUACGUUUGAUUUAUGCGAGGAACUUGAUGAUGAGAAACGCAUGCUUGCUACAUCCACUCUUCUGGGAUAUGCACUCAAGGACAAGAGGUGGGCCACAUUUCAGCUCGACGGCGUGAAGGAUAUCGUGUGGGAUAACCGGGCCUUCGAUUCCCUGGUCCUACCUCAUUCAGACCAAAACAUGAAAAAGCUCAUCCUUGCUGUUACUCGAUCUCAAUCUAAAGGCGGUGACUCCUUUGAUGAUGUUAUCACGGGCAAGGGCCGCGGUAUGAUAUUGUUUCUCAGAGGUCCUCCUGGUGUCGGGAAGACUCUGACGGCGGAGAGCGUUGCUGAAGUGAUGCGAGUCCCCCUUUACGUUUCAAGUGCGGCUGAUCUUGGAGCAACUGCUAGUGCACUUGAAAGAAAGAUGAAAGAUACACUAGAAUUGAUCCCGAGAGGGGGUGCCGUUCUUCUACUUGAUGAGGCGGACGUUUUCAUGGAAGCCCGUGAUAGCACCGACCUUCGUAGAAACGAACUGGUUGCUAUCUUCCUACGGCUUCUGGAAAACUACGAGGGUAUCAUGUUCCUCACUACGAACCGCGCCGAAAAUAUUGACCCGGCCUUUGAAUCUAGAAUCCACGUGACGAUCCGUUUCCCGCAGUUGAAUCAUGUCUCUCGGCGCCAGAUAUGGAAACAGUUUAUUGGGCAGGCAAAUAUGGCGAGAUUCAGUGAUGACGAAUUGGAGCGAAUCUCGGAGGUGAACUUGAAUGGUCGACAGAUCAAGAAUGUCAUUCGUACAGCAUAA